GAACAUCAGCAAGCCCGCCCGCAAACGACUCAACCCUCACCAGCUCUCCCCGCGCGCCAUUGCAGACAAACAACUCCCUUGGCCGCCACUAUGACCAUCACCGACACAAUCAAGCAUGCCGUCGGCCUUGACGGCGAGCCGAGAAAGGCUACCCGCGAGGAGAUGAGCGCUGCCAAACUACCCCUAGCCUACCGAGACAGUUGCGCACAUCUUCUAAUCCCACUGAACCGGUGUCGGGUUGAGGAGUACUACCUUCCGUGGAAGUGCGAGAACGAGCGACAUUCGUAUGAAAAGUGCCAAUACGACGAAUUCAAGGAGCGCGUGAAGAAGAUGGACGAGCUCAGGGCGGCUAAGAACGGGGAGCGCAGUAACUAGAGGCACAUUAUGCGGCAACGACACAUCACGCAUUGAUUUCACGAGCGGUGAAAAUGCUGCAUGUAUAUAUCAAAGCAGCGGCAGACCCUCAAUUGGACACAUACGGCAUUGGCGGCCCAGCAACAUAGUAAAGCGUGCCCUGCAUUGACUAUCCGGAUGUGUACAGAGCUAUACCCAGCCGACCUCUCACAA